AUGGCCGACAACAAGCCCCGGCUAUGCCACGCAUGUGCAUCUAUAGACCCUUACAAGCCAUGCCACGGACCCGAGUGUCGACCCCGUGGGGCUUCAUACUCUACUCAUCUCUUUUACCCUCAUCAUGCCUCCGUUGCGGAUCUGCAAAUCUCUGCUGAGAGAUACAAGUGCCAACUUUGCAUUCUCAUCUUGAACAGCGUUUCCAACCACAAGCCUGAGGACGUCGCGGAGGAGGACGAGUGGGACUUUGUUCUCGAUGAGGCUGGCUCCGAAAAGUCUGCUGAGGGGAAUGUUCCUGAGGCAGUUAUCGAGGCUCACAACAGAAUUUUUGGAAAUAAGCACUCGCCAGCCAUACGUCCCGAUGAUGUAGACUCUCCUUUAGUUCUGGAACUGGUGUUCAGAGAAUGUGAUCGAUCCGAGUUGGAGAGCCGUUGUAGCGAUUUCAUCGUUCAUUGGACAAGUAGAGGUGAAGAUGGAGAUGAUCCUACUCGACAGAAAGCAACCGGCCUAUGUUUAGUAUCUGGACUUGAAGAUGAUUUGACACACUUUUAUGAGUCCCACGACGGGCUAGCAGACCAAGAUACAGGAAGUAUUCCAGCAUUGGAUCUGGCAAAGGUCUGGUUUCAAUCUUGUGAUUCGUCUCAUGAACAGUGCCGAAAGGCUAGAGACAUAAGAACUCGAUACUUGCCGACACGCGUACUCGACGUCAGCGAUGAGAAGCACAUUUUCGUUCACGUCCCUGGGAGAAAGCAAAGAGAUGAGUAUGUCAGCCUCAGUCAUUGUUGGGGCAUCGGGAAGCAUUUCAAACUGGAAACCGGGUCUCUGAAAAGCCGACAAACGAAUAUCGAUCUGCAUGAGAUGCCUAAAACAUUCCGGGACGCAGUCCGUAUCACCAGACACAUGGGCUUGCGCUAUCUCUGGAUUGACAGCCUCUGCAUCAUACAAGAUUCGGAAAAGGAUUGGCUGCAAGAGGCUGCGAGGAUGGGUCAGUACUACCGCGAUGCCAGUUUCACCAUAUUUGCCGCGGCGGCAGACGGCGACGAUAAGGGCUGUUUCGGGGACCGAGAUGGCAGAAUAGCCGCCCCUUGCAGGACAGCUAUAUUCGACAAGCUGCUUCCGAUCAUGAAGCCAGGAAGUGGGAACUCCGGUGCCUUCGUCCAAAAGAUCUCUCACCAUUGGGGUCGAACGCCAAUGCCAGCGCAAUAUCACUUCCUAGACACUGUGAGGACUUUAGAUGAAAGGCCGAAUCCACUCAACGGGAGAGGCUGGACCUUACAGGAAUGGGUUCUCUCAUCCCGCGGUCUCAUCUUUGACGAAUGGGAGGUCAGAUGGUCCUGCCCGACGACUGAGGCUUGUGAAUGUAUACCUGAGGGUAGAGAGCGACAGCAGUUGCCAGGAUGGUAUGGGUUUGCCGACCAGGCGAGCGGAGGAAACGACGCAGCAAACAGAGAGCCGGGGAAUCAGACAUCCCGACUGCUUUUUCUUUCCUGGAACCAAAUGAUCCGUCGGUUCUCGACGAGAAAGCUGACAUAUCCCAAGGAUAAGCUCCCAGCCCUGGCAGGAGUGGCUGCCGAACUCUUGAACGAAAGCAUGGGGUCUUACCUGGCCGGUCUGUGGCAGCAUAACCUGCGUCGAGAUCUAGCUUGGUGGGUUCCGGCCGUGGCCUUAAGCACAUCGCCAGAUGUCACUCGGCGUGCGGCCAGUUAUCGCGCACCGAGCUGGUCUUGGGCAAGUGUCGAUGGAGAACUCAGAACCACAACCAUUUAUAGAGUAGGCGAGGAGACCACUUUGCGAGGAUUGACGAAGCAAGCGCGCGACUCUGAGUGUCAGAUUGUUAAAUGCGAAACCAUACCGCUGAGCUCUCUGAACCCUCUGGGAGCGGUGGCAAGUGGUGUUCUCGUUCUGAGAGGGAAUAUGCGAUGCGCAGAUAUGUUAUCGCCCUCCAUACAUCAUGGUUUCAAUACCAUAACGAUAAUAGACCCUGAAACAGAAGAAGAACUCGGUCAGUUCCUCCCAGACGAUACUUCUGCUCCUCCGCGCUACACCAAGAUCUGGUGCGUUCUUCUUUAUACUGGGUCCGACCUGGAUAUUACGUGCCUUGCACUCGUCCGGGCCGCGGAUGAAGAAAGGGUUGUUGCGCAGCAGCACAUUUCGAUCCCGGAAGAUGCAUUUUGUAGAGUUGGAAUAGUGCGUCUCAAAUGGAGGGACCCAGCCAUGGGCGAGGCUGUAGGCAAUCGGUACACGUAUGAUGGAGGAGCCGUCAACUAUGAGGCUAACGAGGACUUGUGUACAUUGGCCGUAUUGCUUGCCUGGUUGAAUAAAGGCAUAGAGCAAGAUAUCUAUAUCAUUUAG